AUGGACGACCACACUUCACUCGCAAUGCAACCAAUUCCGGAAGAAACAGUCGAAAUCCCGCUGCACCUCCUGCGGUGGCUCCUCGCCGAACUCGACGAAUGCGCGAGAUCCAUGCACGCCGACAUAUUCCGUCAGAGCACAAGCCCAAGUCCAAGCCCAAGCUCGCCUCAUUUCCACGGGGACGACGUCGUCCAUCUGCCCUCGACGGAUUUCAGACCGUACUCCGAGAUGCCAACCCCGGGCGUGACUCUCCCAGGCGACUUUCGAAUCUCGCUCGACGGCGCCGAGGUGCAGAGGCUGAUUACAUGCGCACUCACCGCCAUCCGCGGCCUCUCCGCGCGGUACUUCCAGCUCUUGGACUGCUGGAAGACUCUCGGCUUUCAAUGCCAGCGGACGAAGGCCGCCGGUGUGGACCUGGUCACAGGGCUCUGCGAUGAGAGGGACAGUAUCAAGAAAGGCUCGCGGGAUGAUCUUGAAAGCCUGAAGGAGAGGAUUCAGGGGAAGAUUGAUCGCCUUGUGGAGAGGUAUUUCAAGGCUAUCAAGGCUGCGGAAGGGGAGAGUGAUGGGUAG